AUGGUUCAUAUUAUAUUUAUUAUUGAUUAUAAAACCCAUCCAGGACAAGUAGUUAGAGUAUGUGGUUCUGCUAAAGAACUUGGUAGUUGGACAGAAGGAUAUACUAUGACAUAUAAAGAUGGAAAAUGUAUAGCAGAAGUUGAUAUUAACACCAUUCCAUUUGAAUAUAAAUUUCAAGUCUAUAAUUGUGAUGGGCAUUAUGUAGAACAAUGGGAAAGUUGUGCAAAUAGAUUAUUUAUUCUUUGUAAACAAGCUGAUGAAAUAGUCGUUGAAUCAGUUUGGAAUUAUCCUGAUGGUACUAAAAUAUCAUCUAAACGAACAAAAAUUGUUAAAUCAACAAUUAAGAAAUCAUGUUCACAAGAAUUUGCAGAUCUUUAA